AGAAAGCGGUUGAAGAAAGAAAAAUCUAAAGAGAAGCCAUGGCAGGAGUUGGACCGAUGACUCAGGAUUGGGAACCAGUUGUGAUCCGUAAGAAAGCUCCUAACGCUGCCGCUAAGCGCGACGAGAAGACUGUCAACGCCGCUCGUCGAAGCGGCGCCGAUAUUGAGACCGUUCGCAAAUUCAAUGCUGGAUCCAACAAGGCUGCAUCAAGCGGCACCUCCUUGAACACAAAGAAGCUAGAUGAUGACACUGAGAACUUAUCUCAUGAUCGUGUGCCAACUGAGUUGAAGAAAGCCAUCAUGCAAGCCAGAGGGGAGAAGAAGCUGACUCAGUCCCAGCUUGCCCAACUGAUCAAUGAGAAGCCACAAGUGAUCCAAGAAUACGAGUCAGGUAAAGCAAUCCCGAAUCAGCAGAUCCUCUCUAAGCUGGAGAGGGCACUUGGUGCGAAACUCCGUGGAAAGAAGGGAGAAACAAAAAUGGAGACAGACGAAGCAUACCAAAAGAAAGAGCGAGCUGCAUUAGUAGCCAUUGUUGUUCUUGCUUGUCUUGCUUUAUCUUCUCUGUUCGUCGCUUUUAGCUACUACUGCUAUAUUCGUAACAAAGUUUCUAAGCGUCACAGAAUUAGCAAGAGGUUUGAUUGCGAGGAGAAAGGCGAUUGUCAAAAAGUACAAGAUGUUACUGACAAUGGGUUGCAAAUUUUCACAUUUAAGCAAUUGCAUUCAGCAACUGGUGGAUUUAGCAAGUCUAAUGUAGUUGGGCAUGGUGGGUUUGGCUUGGUUUAUCGCGGUGUGCUUAACGAUGGAAGAAAAGUUGCUAUUAAGUUCAUGGAUCAUGCAGGAAAGCAAGGGGAAGAAGAAUUCAAGAUGGAGGUUGAGUUACUGAGCCGUCUGCGUUCACCGUAUUUGUUGGCACUUCUUGGUUAUUGCUCAGACAAUAGUCAUAAGCUGCUUGUGUAUGAGUUCAUGGCAAAUGGCGGUCUGCAGGAACACCUGUAUCUUACCAACAGGUCUGGUUCUGUCCCACUGAGAUUAGAUUGGGAAACUCGGAUGAGGAUAGCAGUUGAAGCUGCAAAAGAUAAAGCUGGAGGACACGUUUCUACCCGUGUAUUAGGCACACAAGGAUACGUAGCUCCUGAGUACGCUUUAACUGGUCACUUGACAACAAAAUCGGAUGUCUAUAGCUACGGUGUUGUCCUGUUAGAGUUACUAACUGGUAGAGUUCCAGUAGAUAUGAAGAGACCUACAGGAGAAGGUGUUCUUGUCUCUUGGGCUUUGCCUCAAUUGGCUGAUAGAGAGAAAGUAGUAGACAUAAUGGAUCCAACACUCGAAGGACAAUACUCGACAAAAGAAGUUGUUCAAGUUGCAGCAAUAGCAGCAAUGUGUGUUCAAGCAGAGGCUGAUUACAGACCAUUAAUGGCAGAUGUGGUGCAGUCACUGGUUCCUCUGGUGAGAAACCGUAGGUCAGCUUCAAAGCUUAGUGGCUGUUCUAGUAGCUUUAGCUUGGCUCGGUCGCCUAAUUCACCUGGUAAAGCAAGCAUCGGUUCUCAAUAAAUCAGCGAAGACAAAAUGUGAGGCUUUUAUUAUGUAUGUACUACGGGAUUUACCAAAACAGACUAUAAUGUAACACUUUUGAGUGAUCAUCAAACACGGAGAUGAAUGAUGAUCAUAAAAUAAACUUUUUGGAAUCUC